AUGUCGGCUUCUAUUCGUGAAGUAAAUGAGGCAGCAGAGUGCGAUGAAACCUCGCAUACUUUGAUUCGUGGUACAAGCGCAAUUGACCAAGGCAAUGCCGAUCCAGCUGGUGUCAAUCCUAGAGCUGAAUCUCUGCACCAAGCCGAAGGCCAAGCCUGGAAUGAAGACGCGGAAACUGUAAUAGUUUGCAUGCCUACGGAGCAGAAUUCCAAACUUGAAGAAUACGCCGCGCCGAAAAUCAACCGAUGGAUUACAAUUUUGACUUGGUUUACGCCAUACAGACAGUUAUUCGUCUUGACUUUUCUUAUCAAUGUCAUCGGCGUAGUUUUAGCUUUAGCCAAGAUCUGGCCGUGGCCGAAAAAUCAAGCAGCACCCUUGGUGGUGGGCAAUCUUCUGAUAGCCAUUGCCAUACGCAGCGAAUGGGUUCUUCGCUUUCUCUAUUGGGUGACGGUCAAGACAUUUCGUCCGAAAAUAUUUCCCCUUUGGCUUAGAGUCAAGAUUGUUGGGAUUCUUUAUCACAUUGGUGGUGUACAUAGUGGGUGCGGUUUAUCUUCCUUGCUUUGGCUGGCUGUAGCUUCUAGCAAUCAAUUCCUAGAGGCCAAUCUACACCAUGCGAUUCCCUCGGUUGCCCUGAGCAUCUGUCUGGCCUGUACCACCCUCACUUGCUUGUCGGCUUUUCCCUUCAUACGCAAACGCCAUCACAAUCUUUUUGAAAUCAUUCAUCGUUUUGUGGGCUGGAUUGGAAUUUUAUCCACAGUCCUGUUCGUGAUCGUAGUAUCUUUGUGGGACGGGAUAGAACGUCGCUGGGAUUCAAGAGCCUCCAGACUCAUCACCAAACCUGAGCUUUGGUUUUUGACAGCAAUUUUCAUCAUAAUUGUUUUUUCUUGGAUCACAAUCGCAAAAGUUCCUGUAACGGUUUACACAAAAUCAGACAAAGCGUCUGUUAUUCGAUUUCCCGGCGGUUUGACAUCUGGAUUGCAUACACGCAUAUCGGUGGGUGGAUUGCGUGAAUGGCACAUUUUUGGAUCAAUUAGCGAGGGAAGACAUGCCGAGUAUCAUUAUAUUGUUGCCGCCGUACAAGGCGAAUUCACAAAAAUGUUAAACGUUGACAAGCCGGCUAAACUAUAUACAAAACGUUGGAAGCCAUGUGGUCUACCCUAUUUCUCCAGGCUUUUUCGAAGGGGACUUGCAAUGUGCACAGGCUCUGGGAUCGGAGCGGUCGCCUCAACAUGCAUUCAACACGAAAAUUGGUUCCUCAUCUGGAUUGGCCCGAAUUUGGAGAACACCUAUGGCGAAGAAAUCAUGCAACUAAUCUGUGGGAAAAUCCCUGAGAGUCGACGACUAAUAUGGGAUACUCGGGGGCCAUUGGGUCGACCAGAUGUUGUACGGCUCCUGCACGAUACUUACAAGUAUUGGGACGCUGAAGUGACCCUGUUUGUCGGAAGUCCAGAGAUGAACAGUAAUGUCCUCCAGAGCUGCCGAGCUCUUAAAAUACCAGUCUUUGGUUCUAUCUGGGACGCAUGAAGCCU